AAAAAGACACAGAGGGUUAAAUUUCUACCCAUCCCCAUUUUGAGUUUUUCCACACUUGCCCAAAAGUUUCCAUAAGCCCGGUCUUCCAGUGAUAAACAAGAUAUCUUAUUGCACACAGCACCAACGUCUGGCAAAUUAAGUUGUUGCACACCACACCACUACCAACAGGUAUAUUAGCAGCCACCCUGGCAAAUCAGGGAUACACUCAAUACAGAAUUCAAUAGAUGAACAACGGUACCACGGUCAGCUGACUACAACACAGAUUAACCACAACUAGAACAAAAUGACGUCUGGAUCCGCCAUUCUGUUCCUGACAUUCAUUGGUUCAACACUUGGUUCCAACUGCUCCAUCAACGUCACACCAGAGUGUUCGUGUGAACAACACACACCAUCUCUUGUAAACAUCCACUGUUCUUUCGCCGGUCAAGACAACAUAACACAGACGCUGGUUCAGAACAGCUCCUCGAGUCCACCAAUCAAAAUCCACGUACUGGAUAUUGCAGGAAGUAACCUUACCUCACUUCCCUCCAGUUUCCUAGAGGGAGUGGAAUCGAUCAACCGUGUGGACUUCAGCCACAACUUGUUUCCUGAUGUACCACCGUGUCUUCAGAUGGUGAACAAUGUCACAGUCAUCAAUCUCUCGUACAACCAGAUCAAGAGUGUUAAUUUAUCAGAACUUCACACUCAAGGUCUUGACAUUUCACACAACGUACUGAGCGAGGUACACCUCUGUGACAUAUUUCCCAAACAGAUGGACUUUCUCAACAUUUCACAGAAUAACAUUGAGGAAAUCCCACAAAAUCUGUGGAUGGUCGCAGAAAAUCUUGACAUCAGUUUCAACCAUAUUUCUCAUCUGUCAAAUGCUGCAAGUUCUUCCACUAAAUAUUUAUACCUGCGAGGGAACUCUCUGCAGACCAUACCAGACAAUUGGUUUCUUGGACUUAAGGACUUAAUUGCUGUGGACAUAUCACAAAACCAAAUGAAAUCUCUAACGAACAAAACAUUCAUUGGACUGUCGACCCUACUGGAUCUGCAGAUGUCCCAAAACCAGCUAUCUGAUCUUGGUGAAGGUGUUUUUCAAAAUAUGUUUCUGCUCAGAAAUCUCAGCCUGAAUGAAAACAAAAUCCGUGAGCUUAGAGCAUCAACGUUCAAAGGACUUGAAGAAAGUCUGGCAGAACUUCGAAUUGGCAAAAACGAACUUGAAACAAUUGCCAGUGACACAUUCAAAAACCUUCUUGAUCUGCACCACCUUGAUCUUUCAGACAAUGUGAAAAUACGAACUGUUGACCAUGUCAGCUUCCCGCCACAUCUGACUCUUCUGAACCUGAGUCACUGUAAUCUGCAGCAAAUUGAAGACUGCAAGUUCUUCAAGUCUUACGACCUCCAACACCUUGACCUCAGCAACAACAAUUUGACCUGCAGCUGCCACCUCUCCUGGCUGUACCUGAAAUUUGGGAGCAGACGGCAAGCUGGCCAGCAGACGUCAGACCCCCAGUGGACCUGUCACAUGGCAGACGACAACAUAAUACAGCAAGUUCAGGACGACCUGUCUCUGUGUCUCAGCGACUCUUUCGGUGUUCAUCACUGCCGCAUUCUAAACCCCGAGGAUGUUAACAUCACAAUUCUGGUAUCGGCAGACAAGAACGGGAUUCUCGCCACAUGGGAGAUACAGCCUGAAAGUGCCAUAGCGCUGUCCGAGGGAUUCAAAGUCUCGUACGCCUCUGAAGAUGGGUCGUUCCAGUCCCCUGUCCUUGACAAGACCAAGCGGCUGUUCAUGUUCGACCACGUGGAGGAAAGUGGCGGGUUCACCAUCUGUGUCCACCUCCUGGAGAACGCGACCACGACGCUGAAACAGACGUGUCACUUGGUGGUCAAGGAAAACUACCAGAUCAUCAUCGGGAUCCUGGCCGGGGUGGUGUUCCUCGUUCCGUGCAUAGCGGCCAUGACAUACAUCCUGCUCAAGGACCGGCGGAUGAUGUACCGCCGCGUGAACACCGAGGUCGAUAACUGCUGCGACGAGCACAAACAGAAGAACGGGCUGGAAGUGACAGCUGCUGCACAGAACGACGUGGAGAAGACAACAAUGGUGAGACAUAACGGGAAAACACCAUCGGCUGAACCAUGUGUUCAGGUCAGUGUCAGUGUCGUGUGUGAAGUGCCGGCAGUAAAAAGACUGCAUGGGGUGGAGACGCCACUGGACGUAAAGAGACUGGAAGAUGUCGAAACGUCGCUGCCAACAACAGACGCUGAGGUGGAAACGCCACUGGAUGUAAAGAGACUGGAAGAUGUCAACAUGUCGCUGCCAACAACAGACACGGACCUAGCAGUUAUUAACAGAGGGUACAUCAGUGACAGUGAGGUUUUCAACCCAGAUAAUGUGAACACUCAUCAUGCUGUUGUCGAAAACAGUCAGAUUAAAACAGUGACUAGGUUAUAACCAAACUUUAGUGAAGCUAAACAAUGUAAUAUACAAGCAACAUGUACAGUUAUUUCUAACUAUAUAAUUUACAUAUAUAUAUAAACAUUGUGCAAGACCAUAUUUACAUGUUUACAUACAAUAUAUGUAAAACCAUCUUUAAAUGUAUUUACAAAUGUACGGCCAUCUUUACAUGACAUUGUAUGAGCAGUGUUCGAUAUAAGACUUUAUCUGUUUGUGCUGACAGGAGAAAAUCAGUGGUUGUCCAGUGGACAAGUCAAAAUAUUCAAUGCAGUUUCAUUUUGAGUAAUCAAAAACAUUGUGCUUGCACUUGAAUUAAACUAAACACUUUAUUUGAAUGUGUAAAAAUAUUGGUGGACAGGUAGAUUUUUAAAAACGUUAUGUACAGUGAAACCUCUAAAAACCAGACCCUCUGUAAACCGGAAAUUUUUCACGGUACUUUAUUAAAAAUCAGUACAGAACUUAGCCUCUCUAAACCGGAUACCUCUAAAAGUCAGACAUUUUGAUUGGUUUCGAGGGUGUCCAGUUUAUAGGGGUUCCACUGCUUUUUACUAUCGCUGGUAAGUGAUGGGUAUUAUCACAAUGUUUGUUUUGCGAUAUAUUGCAAUACAUAUUGUUAAAAAUUUAUAUUGCGGUAUUAUAUACCCUGCAUCUCGAAUAUUUACAUUCACACAAAUACACAUUUUGUUCCUUAUCGUGUUGCUAUUCGCUAUGCAAGUUUUAGAUAUCACUACACCAUUGUAAAACAUAAAAUAGUUCUACUGAUCAGCAAUUGUCACUAUUGAAAACUUGGAAAAAAAAAGAGUUCCCUGUACAGAACAGUAUUUUAUUUUUACUUUGCUGGAGCCUGCUAAGUUCGCCUAAUAAUAUUGUAAGAGUCAACUUGUAAGUUCUUGUUACAUGUUGCAGUAUUAGCCAAGAAUCGCUGCCUGUCAGAUACUAGUGCAGGCACUGAAAUAAGCAAAGUGCCUGGUAACCCAUGUACAGUUUAUCAUACAUUACAAACCUGGUAACCUAUAGGUAAUGACACAUAUUUAUGAAUUUUACAAUUUCUGUUAUCUUCCCUUCACAAACUUGCUAAUACUCUGUUAUUCAUUCAUAACACUGGUUGUAAACCUGCUAAUACUUGUGUGUAUGUAUGUAUGUGUAUAUGUGUGUGUGUGUAUGUGUGCGUGUGUGUGCGUGCGUGUGUGUGAGUGUGUGUGUGUCUGCGUGCGUGUGUGCGUGUGUGUUAUGGUUGGGUUUGUUUCUUUUUUUUAAUUUUAGAGAAUGAGGCACCAUUCUCGACUUUCUUCACAUGUGGAAAUCUCUUGGUAAACUGAACGACUGUUCUCCAAUUAUUUUGAUAAUAAACACACUGGAAUUACAGUAUGUAACUGUUCAGACCAACACGGCCUUGAUAAAAUCAUCUGCUAAAGUUAGUUUGUUUUGUUUAAUGACACCACUAGAGCACAUUCAUUUAUUAAUCAUUGGCUACUGGAUGUCAAACAUUUGGUAAUUUUGACAUAUAGUCUUACAGAGAAAACCCGCUACAUUUUU